AUUUUCAGACUUCUCGAUCUCGAUCGAUGGCGUUCCUAGUUUUACUUGCUGCAGUACUAUUGGUGCUUAGUGCCCAAGCGGUUCAUCAUGUCGCCGGCCAGCCAGGGUUCCUCAGCAUCGACUGCGGCCUGGACGACGAGUACAGCGGCUACAUGGACCCCGACAGCGGCAUCGUCUACGUCUCCGACGGCGCAUACGCCGACGCCGGCGAGAAUCUCAAAGUGGCCCCCGAGUACGAGAGCCAGUUUGGGCGGCGUUACCAGACGGUCAGGAGCUUCCCGUCCGGCGUGCGCAACUGCUACGCGCUGCCCACGGUGGCCGGCGCCAAGUACUUGGCCCGGCUGGAGGCCAGGUACGGCAACCACGACGGCACGAACGACAGCUCGGCCAUGGAGUUCGACGUGCACCUGGGGGCCAACUACUGGGACACGGUGCUCGUCAGGGACGACGUGGCGUACGAGGUGCUCUUCGUCGCUUGGGCCGGCUGGGCGUCGGUGUGCUUGCUCAACACCGGCCAUGGCGCGCCGUUCCUGUCCAUCCUGGAGCUGAGGCGCCUCGGGGACGCCUUGUAUCCGGCGCUCAUGGCCAACCAGACCAUGUCCAUAUAUGUACGGAGUAAUAUGGGUGGUAAAUUUACAAGGUUUCCUGACGAUCCGUACGAUCGUUACUGGUGGAGGGGUUUCGACCCUCAAUGGAGGAACCUCUCCACCGCACAGAACAUGCAGCCGGAUCCGAGCUUCGUGGAGCCCGUGGCCGUUCUCCAGACAGCUGCUACAGCCACCGGCAACAACACAGCACUCAGUUACAAGUGGUGGCAGGCGCAGAACAGGCCCGCGUACUCGUUCAUGGUGUUACUUCACUUCGCCGACUUCCAGAGUGCCCAGCUCCGGGAGUUCGACAUCUACUUCAACGGCAACCGGCUGGGGCCGAGCGACAAGCCUUACAGACCGCAGUAUCUGGCAUCUUCUACCGUGUGUAGCUCCGGAUGGUACAGGGCCAGCGACGGCAACUAUAACAUCACUCUUGUCGCUUCUGCUGUCUCCGAGCUGCCCCCGAUGUUAAAUGCGAUUGAGAUAUACACUCUGCUUGCCUUUGACACUCCGACGACAUUUCCUGAUGACUUUGACGCCAUCAUGGCUAUCAAAUUCGAGUAUGGCGUGAAGAAAAACUGGACGGGUGAUCCAUGUUUCCCAACCAUUUAUGCUUGGGACGGUGUGGAAUGCAGCAAUACAAGUGGUAAGACUACGAGGAUAACAUCAUUAGACCUCUCAAAGAGCAACUUGCGUGGUGUCUUAUCUACAAAUUUUUCAAAGCUUACGGCGCUCGAGAAUUUGGAUCUAUCUUAUAACAACUUAAGCGGGCCAAUACCUGAUUCCUUAUCAAGUUUGCCCUCCCUACGAGUUCUAAAUGUGUCUGGCAACAAUCUGAGUGGCGAUUCCCUUUGCACAAAUUACAAUGGAUCACUUAUUUUCAGAUAUGAUUCUGAUACAAGUGCAUGUGACAAAAGGACAAGUUCAUCAAGAAAAAAUGCAGCUGUCUUAAUUACUUCAGUUGUUGUCCCUGUGCUUGUUGUGGCUGCACUUUUUCUUGCAUGUUUCAUCUGGAGAGCAAAAAGAAAGUCUAAUGUUUCUGUAGAAAAUCGCACAGGAAAACUGCAACUGGAGAGUGCUCCAAUAAGUAUGAAAGCUCAAGGGGAUCACCUACAAGAUUCUGAGAGUAGGAGGUUCACGUAUAAGGAUCUGGAGAAUAUUACCCAUAAUUUUGAACGGCUCAUAGGACAAGGAGGUUUUGGACUUGUCUAUUAUGGUCGUUUAGAAGAUGGUACCAUGGUUGCUGCCAAGAUGCGCUCUGAGUCAUCAUCACAUGGGCUAGAUGAAUUUUUAGCUGAGGUUCAGAGCUUGACAAAGGUGCAUCACAGGAAUAUAGUUUCUUUGGUGGGUUACUGCUGGGAGAAAAAUCAUUUAGCCCUUGUUUAUGAGUACAUGUCUCAAGGCAGUCUUUACGAUCAUCUGAGAGGUAAACAUGCUGCUGUUGAAAUCCUGAACUGGGGAACGCGUGUACGAAUUGUGCUUGAAGCUGCACAAGGCCUGGACUAUUUGCACAAAGGAUGCAGUCCACCAAUCAUUCACCGGGAUGUGAAGAGCAGCAACAUUCUCUUGCGUCGGAAUCUGCAAGCUAAAAUAGCAGAUAUGGGACUGAGCAGAUCAUAUCUUAGCGAUACUCAGACUCACAUAUCAGUCACUGCAGCUGGCACUGCUGGUUACAUGGACCCAGAGUACUACCUCACUGGAAGGCUUACUGAGAGCAGCGACGUUUACAGCUUCGGAAUCGUCUUACUUGAGGCAGCCACCGGUGAGCCCCCGCAGCUGCCUGGCCUUGGUCACAUCGUCCAGCGCGUGAAACAGAGGAUGGCCGCUGGCGACAUCGGCUCGAUCGCCGACUCACGGCUCAGAGGCGCCUACGACGUGAGCUCCAUGUGGAAGGUUGUCGACAUUGCCAUGGCGUGUGCGGCGGACGACGGCACCGCGAGGCCCACGAUGGCCGACGUCGUGGCCCAGCUCAAGGACAGCAUGGCGCUGGAGGAUGCUCGGGUGAACGACUGCAGGGUCCCGGCGCGAAAGGUGCAGCGUGAUGACGCGGCUUUGAUGCCCUCGUUUGGUCCAUCGUUGAGAUGAGGUUUGGUUUGGUCCAUUUUGUAGUCUACAUCGGGGUUUCUGUGCUGUGAGCUUGAUGUGGAUUGUGAAGGCACAUUAGAGUCUGUCUGUGCAUUCGUUUUCAAUCCCUAGUUAUUGGUGAGUAGACAGGUAAUAAGAUUGACAUGCCAAUACGCGAAGGAAAUCAUAACUUCGAAACCAUGGUUGUCCCAAAUAAAAUAGUACCUUC